AUGACGAUUGACGACGAGCUGCUGGCGGCCGCCCGGGACGCGUCGCUGUCUGAUCGCAAGUCUAUAGACAACCUGAAUAGCACUCCGUCGGCGACCGAAGCGUCGCCGCCUUAUAACGCAGACGGGAAGAGCGACCACGGGACCGCGCACGCAGGCGCUAGCAGCAGAGGAAGCUCGACACCGACCGCCGGGUCAGCAGCAGCGAGCUACUCCUCGCGCGACGAAUCACCUACUCCCCUAUCCCGCACACACACCGCGCUGUCGCGCGAGGAAGAAAGCAUACUCGCGCGCGGCCGCGUCGAGGUCUACCACCCGCUGCAGCACGACCAAGUGACCGAGUACGGGCCCGCGACGCCUACCGAUCCGGACGCGAUCCCGCCGACGACGCUGCUGGCGCCGGUACAGGACGAGUUCAAGGAUCGCAAGUGUCUUGUUCUCGAUCUGGAUGAGACGCUCGUGCAUAGUAGUUUCAAGUACCUGCCCCAGGCAGACUUUGUCAUUCCGGUCGAGAUUGAGGGACAGUUCCACAACGUGUACGUUAUCAAACGGCCUGGCGUUGAUGAUUUUCUGAAACGGGUCGGGCAGAUGUAUGAGAUUGUUGUGUUUACUGCUUCCGUGAGCAAGUACGGCGACCCACUUCUAGACCAGCUCGACAUCCAUCACGUCGUGCACCACCGGCUGUUUCGAGAGAGCUGCUACAACCACCAAGGCAACUACGUCAAAGACCUCUCGCAGCUCGGCCGGCCGCUCGAAAACAUAAUCAUUCUCGACAACUCGCCUGCCUCCUACAUCUUCCACCCGCAGCACGCGCUCCCGAUCUCGAGCUGGUUUUCAGACACGCACGACAACGAGCUUCUCGACAUCAUCCCUUUCCUCGAAGAUCUCGCCAGUCUCGAUCUGCAUGACGUGAGCUUGGUGCUCGACGUCGGGAUUCCAAAGUACACGACCAUGAAGUCGCCUCAGGAGGCAAUGGCAUACACUCCUAUUUAA